AUGGAUGACAUUAAAAAGGGAAUCCAGUAUGCCUUCCAGACAAAGAAUGAGCUGACGCUGGCGAUCAGCGGCUCUGGCCACGCUGCCAUGGAGGCUGCGCUGUAUAACGCGGUGGAGCGCGGGGAGACAGUCCUGAUUGGAAUCAAUGGUAUCUGGGGAGAGAGGGCAGCGGACAUCUCCGAGAGAAUGGGUGCAGAUGCUAAAAGACUAGUCAAACCACCUGGCGAGUGUUUCACCCUACAAGAAAUAGAACAGGCCUUGUCAAAACACAAGCCAGUGCUGUUCUUCAUCACACAUGGAGAGUCUUCGACUGGAAUAGUGCAUCCCCUAGACGGACUAGGAGCCCUGUGUCACAAGUAUAACUGUUUGCUUCUAGUAGAUUCGGUGGCUUCUCUGGGUGGAGUCCCCAUAUACAUGGACAAACAAGAGAUUGACAUUCUGUACACUGGAUCUCAGAAGGUCCUUAACGCUCCCCCCGGUACAGCUCCCAUCUCCUUCAGCGAAAGGGCAAAACAGAAGAUCUUUAGUCGAAAAACGAAGCCUGUUUCAUUCUACCUGGAUAUGGGCUGGCUGGCCAAUUACUGGGCCUGUGAUGGAAAACCUCGCAUAUACCACCACACUGGGCCUGUCUCUGGAUUCUUUGCCCUCAGGGAGAGCCUUGCUAUCCUAGCAGAGCAGGGCCUGGAGAACACUUGGAAGCACCAUCAGGAAAUAGCCCAAUAUUUGCAUCAGGGGCUUGAGAAAUUGGGUCUUAAACUCUUUGUGAAGGACAAGAACUUGAGACUCCCAACAGUGACCACUAUUGCAGUGCCUGAGGGCUAUGACUGGAGGGACAUCACCACAUACGUCAUGAAGAGCUACAGCACGGAGAUCGCUGGGGGGCUUGGCCCAUUGGUAGGGAUGGUGCUACGGGUUGGAAUGAUGGGAUAUAACUGCACAAAGGCCAACGCUGACCUGGUGCUGCAGGCGCUGGGAGAUGCACUGCAGCACUGCCACAAGAGCAAUGUGUAG